GAGUCCGUGCGCGCUGGCUUUGGAGCAGGCUGUCAACAGUGACGUCAUGUAAACCCUAACCCUAAAGUAAGGUUUGAGCGAAUCGGCCCCUCAUUAUGCAGUACGGUGUGAGCAGCUUGGCAAUCACAGCCUGAAAUGAUUUUAACCCUCUUCACAGACCAACGAUGCCCACUUGCGCUUGCACCAACCCUCUUCGCCCCGCCAUGGAAAGCGCUCGCCACGCCCUCAAGAGCGCAAAACACAAGUCCCGCCACCACCUUGACGCCAUCAAGCUUGCGGCGAAAGAGUUCAAUGUAGAUACCGAGUACGUGGAUCUGGUUAUCAGGUUUAUUAGGGCGUCGGAUCUUGCAAGGGUGCAUGGUAUUGGCACGGCGAACCCGUGUUUUCGUGCCAAGCUUGACGACAAGGUUUCGUACACGUCGUCUGUCAAACCGAAUACCCUCUCUCCUGUUUGGGAUGAGACCUGGGUUGUCAAGAAGGUUCCUUCCACAGCUACCUUGUCCGUGGUAGUACGAGAGACAGAGACUGGAGCACAUGUAGAUAAUGAUAUCGGCGUGUUCCAGACCACAGUAAGUCCGGGUGCGAAAGAGGUUGAAAUAAUCGGCAAGCACCUCGGUCAGAAUAAAGGGUCAUUUUGGUUAAACAUUCAAUCCUAUCCAUCGGCUCAUAUUUCAAGAUCACUACCAUACACGUUUGAUGGCCCGAUCCAUUAUUCUCGGCACGACUCACCAACGAUGGGCGUUCUUACUCAUCUCAGGGACACGCGGCUGUAUUCGACAUGGAAAAUCUAUAUUAAAGGCAUUCCGCGAUUCUUUGGGGAUACCGUGCAACGAUGGAACCACGAUUACAAGGCCGCGCGGGCAAUUUUCAAAGGGCCUACAUCAAUUGCAGUGCGUUCCGGCAUCGUGGCUGGCCACCACGUGUUAUACGCCCGGACCGUGUUGAAUGGUUUUGGGGUCAUCACAAGUGCCGAUGAUGUGUUCAAACUGCUGCAUGGCGGUCCGCGUCAAUUAUCGGGUGACGGCAGUCGCGCAUUUGAAAAUCGCAUCAAGCCCGCAGUAUACACAUAUGUUAUCGCCAAGGAAGACGAGACCUUCCGUUUCUCAGAGACAGGGGCGGCGUUCUUCGUAGACUUUGCAUCGAAGCAUGCACUGCAUAGCAACUGCGCGAAAAGCGUUGUAUACAGCGGUGAGUUCCACCCUCGCCCAGAAGGUGGCUGGGAGAACCUGUCCGAUUGCACGGACGAUAGCGGAGUGAGAUGGGAGUUGGUGAUCGAUAACAACUCUGGGACAUAUUCUCCUAAUCCCGACCUGCUGGCUAAAGUGGCUCAACUUCUGGAACUCAAUUUCGCGGGGAUCAACGUAGUUGCGCUUGCACAGGACGAUCCGGAAUUGAAGAAGAGCAGAGAUGCGUGCAGGGAGUAUGCACUGACGAAAAGAGGAGUGAAACCUACGGAGUUGGAGCCUCAUGUUACUGUGGGCGAGGAGACGCUAUCGAAUCGAGUUUCAGCACUUCAUAAGAUCUGAAAGAAUACAUAAUUAUUGAGCAUUAUAUUGUUGUCAGGUGUUAGAGAGCAGGUGACAUAGUUGAUGUAAAGAUAAAUGGACAAGAUAAAAGGGAAAUGAUUUAUAGUGC